AUGCUUGACGCUAGUUCCAAGAUUGGCAGCCAUUUUCGCGCCCGGACCACGUUCGUCCAUGGCCAGCCAGAAGAAAGUGUCGAGAGCAAGCAACGACCAAGAAGGGAAUACGACGUUGUCGACCAUCACCAGCGACAGCGCGUCAUGCUGCUGCCACGAAUCUAUGCGCCUGUCCGCGCAGCCAUAGCCACAUCGUCGACUUUUAUUGCACCGUCUACCCGUGUCCUGGACGUGCUCCGGAGCGCCAAUGCAUCCUCUACAGCGCCCGCCCCAAUCCUUUCGUUUGUAAGACAUUCUGCCCACCAGGCCCAGGGGCGUGCCAAUGGAGCAAAAGAUGGGCCGGGAAAGCGAUUGGGGGCCAAGAAGAGCGGCGGCGAAUACGUGAUCCCAGGCAACAUCAUCUUCCGCCAACGCGGUACCCACUGGUAUCCCGGCGAAAACUGCAAAUUCGGACGGGACCACUGCAUCUUCGCCACGGAAUCAGGCUACGUGCGAUACUACCGCGACCCCCGCAAACACCCCGAGCGCCAGUACAUUGGCGUCGCGCUCGAAAAGGACCACUCGCUGCCCUAUCCACCCAAUGCGGCGCGCAGACGCCGGCUGAACAUGCUUGCUGUGCCCGUGGGUUCCCAGGACACGGCAGCCCCGCCAUCGCAGCAUGAGACGAUUGUCCUGACGGACGUGAUGCCCGUGGCAACCGCCAAGUCAAAGAGGCGGGAUACACCGCGUGAGGCGGCGAGGAAGAAGUUGGUACUGAACAAGGGCAAGGGGUAUGCCUAUCGUGAGGCCAAUUGGCAGAUUGGACGGGCGGCGGAGAGGGCGGGCGUGCAGGUCAAGCAGUUUGUGCCGGGAAAUCGGUGGGCGGCGUGGCGCAAGAGCAAGGCGAGGAUUACGGAGAAUGAGCAGAGGAAGCGGUUGAGGAAUGCGGGCAAGAAGACUGCGAAGCCAAAGGCGAGGAAGCCGAGGGUGAUUAAGAAGUGA